AUGAACAAACACCUCCUGUUGCUCUUCUCCCUCUUCUGCCUCGUUGCGGCAACAACAUCGCUGACAUGUGUAACGUGCCACCUUCGCACCCAAACCGACCACUGCAGAAGAGGCUAUGGCAUUUGCAUCGCUCAGGAGCACGAGACCUGCAUGAACCUAAGGAUCUACCAGAAUGGUAUUCUCCAAGUUUCAUAUAUGGUGUGUCAGAAGUUCUGCAAUAAUUUGAGCUACAACCUCAACAACCGGACUUACGUGCAUCAAUGCUGCCAGAGAGACUAUUGUAACUUUAGAACUAGGAGAUUCGUUCAGGGCCUGGUGUGA